AUGGCCAAGUCCGGUGGCCAGAUACGGGAAUUUACGGACACUUCGGAGCUUACCAUCCAGGCCAAGGCCAUCUACGAUGAUAAGUCCAAGAAAUGGAAACAACUCGAGACAAAAAGAUUCGCCGAUAAAAGAAAAUUCGGAUUCUCCGAAGCACCGAAGGAGGAAAUGCCACCAGGUAAAAACCUUCUGAGCCGUUUGGUCCAAGCGUAGAAGUAAAGUUAUAAUUAUGGUUGUGAUUUUUAGAACAUGUGCGGAAGGUUAUCCGAGACCAUGGAGAUAUGACUUCUAGAAAGUUCAGGCAUGAUAAACGAGUAUAUCUUGGUGCGUUAAAGUACAUGCCGCAUGCUAUAUUGAAGCUUUUGGAGAACAUGCCAAUGCCAUGGGAACAGAUCAGAGAUGUAAAAGUACUCUAUCACAUCACGGGAGCUAUUACAUUUGUGAAUGAAGUCCCCAAAAUCAUCGAACCUAUUUAUAUCGCCCAAUGGUCGACUAUGUGGAUUAUGAUGCGACGAGAGAAGAGGGACAGAAGGCAUUUUAAAAGGAUGAGAUUCCCUCCAUUUGACGAUGAGGAACCUCCACUUGAUUAUGCUGAUAAUAUUCUUGAUGUGGAGCCAUUGGAACCGAUUCAGAUGGAGUUGGAUCCUGUAGAUGAUAGGCAUGUUGCCGAAUGGUUUUACGAUCACAAGCCUUUAAGUAUGCCUGAAUAUGCGGAUAACGGGCAAAAAAUAUUCAGGGUUGGUUUUUUUCCUUGUUAUUUAUUUUUAUGUAAUUCAACGUUUCAUUUUGAAUUUUUUAGUUUGUAAAUGGAGAGUCUUACAAAAGGUGGCAUUUCAAUAUUCCAAUCAUGGCCAAUUUAUAUCGUCUAGCCAAUCAAUUGUUGACUGAUCUUCAAGAUGAGAAUUACUUUUACUUGUUUGAUCUGAAAAGUUUCUUUACUGCUAAAGCUCUCAAUGUGGCCAUUCCUGGAGGUCCCAAAUUUGAGCCGUUGUUUAAAGAUAUCCACAACAAUGAUGAAGAUUGGAAUGAGUUCAACGACAUCAACAAGGUCAUCAUAAGAUCUCCGAUAAGAACCGAAUACAGGAUAGCCUUCCCCUUUAUGUACAACAACUUGAUUAACGCUCUUCCUGUUACUGUUUGUUGGUAUCACACUCCUUCAGUAGUCUUUAUCAAGACUGAAGACGAUGAUCUUCCCGCCUUUUACUUCGAUCCCCUGAUUAAUCCAAUCUCCCAUAAAAAUUCUGAAAAGGUAGGUUUUCGAAUAUGGAACGUGUUUGGCUUGCCGGUGAAACAAGGUGGAAAUGUUUGUAUGAGCGUAUUAUCAUUUCUGUUUAUUCACCGAAGAGUGAGAUAUCGUUUAAAAGGCGGGAUGAAAAGAAAUGGGGUCUUAAUUGUCCAGAUUUUGAACGAUACAUUGAUGACGUUUGAAAUUAUUAGUAGUUUUAUCAUUUUUUUAAGCUUUAUGCAACAUUUUUAUAGACGACAGAGCCGGAACCUGAAGACGGAGAGGAUGAAUUUGAGCUCCCAUCAGAUUUUGAGCCUCUAUUUGGAAAUGAAGAAUUAUAUACAGAGAACACGGCAAAUGGGAUUGCACUGUUAUGGGCUCCCAGGCCUUUCAAUUGCAGAUCGGGCCGCACUCGCAGAGUCCUUGAUGUUCCUCUUGUGAAAACCUGGUACCUUGAACAUUGCCCGGCUGGAAUGCCAGUGAAAGUCAGAGUUUCAUACCAGAAAUUGUUAAAGGUCUAUGUGCUGAACUCUCUGAGACACAGACCACCGAAGCCUCAGAAAAGACGGUAACUGCCGUUAUUUAUUUUUUAUGUCUUGGGUUUAGGUACCUCUUCCGGUCCUUCAAAGCGACGAAAUUCUUCCAAGUGACAACUCUUGAUUGGGUUGAAGCGGGACUGCAAGUACUAAGGCAAGGCUACAACAUGUUGAAUCUACUCAUCCAUCGGAAGAAUCUCAAUUAUUUGCAUUUGGAUUAUAAUUUCAACUUAAAGCCAGUCAAGACGUUGACCACAAAGGAAAGAAAAAAAUCCAGGUUUGGUAAUGCGUUCCAUUUGUGUCGCGAGAUUCUUCGUCUUACCAAGCUUGUGGUCGACGCUCAUGUGCAAUACCGUUUGAACAACGUUGAUGCAUAUCAGGUAUCUUAGUUUUUGUAGAUUUAAAACUGUUUACCAUGUAUUUUAUAGUUGUCCGAUGGUCUCCAAUAUAUCUUUGCUCACGUUGGUCAGUUGACUGGAAUGUACAGAUACAAAUACAAGCUGAUGAGACAGGUUAGGAUGUGUAAGGACUUGAAACACAUGAUCUAUUAUCGAUUCAAUACUGGUCCGGUUGGCAAAGGUCCUGGAUGUGGAUUUUGGGCCCCUGGAUGGAGAGUGUGGCUUUUCUUCAUGAGAGGAAUCACUCCCCUGCUGGAAAGGUGGUUAGGAAAUCUGUUGUCUCGCCAAUUUGAAGGUCGUCAUUCCAAGGGAGUUGCCAAGACAGUAACUAAACAGAGAGUCGAGAGUCACUUCGAUCUCGAGUUACGGUAUGUUUUGUAUGCUUAGUUUUAUUUGUUUACAUGUUUAGUGCGUCUGUGAUGCAUGAUAUAUUGGAUAUGAUGCCUGAAGGAAUCAAGCAGAACAAGGCUCGCGUGAUUCUCCAACAUCUGAGUGAGGCCUGGAGAUGUUGGAAGGCUAAUAUCCCAUGGAAGGUACCAAAUCUCCCUACUCCUGUCGAGAAUAUGAUUCUUCGUUACGUGAAGGCCAAGGCUGACUGGUGGACAAACUCUGCUCAUUACAAUCGCGAGAGAGUCCGUCGUGGUGCUACUGUUGACAAGACUGUUGUCAAGAAGAACCUGGGUCGGCUUACCCGUUUGUAUCUGAAGGCAGAGCAAGAAAGACAACACAAUUAUCUCAAGGAUGGCCCGUAUGUGUCUGCUGAGGAAGCCAUUGCCAUCUUUACUACGACUGUUCAUUGGCUCGAAUCGAGGAGGUUUUCUCCAAUCCCAUUCCCACCUCUCUCUUACAAACACGACACUAAACUGCUUAUUUUGGCAUUGGAGCGUCUGAAGGAGGCCUAUUCAGUCAAAAAUCGGUUGAAUCAGAGUCAAAGAGAGGAGAUGGCGCUCAUCGAACAAGCCUAUGACAAUCCGCAUGAAGCCCUUUCUAGGAUCAAGAGGCAUAUGUUAACAAUGCGAUCGUUUAAGGUGGGUGGCGUAUUAAUUUGUAUAUUUCUUUUUUUAGGAAAUUAAUAUUGAGUUCAUGGAUCUCUACAGUCAUUUGAUUCCUGUGUACGACAUUGAGCCUCUUGAAAAAGUGACGGAUGCUUAUUUGGAUCAAUAUCUAUGGUACGAAGCCGACAAAAGGCGUCUUUUCCCCUCAUGGAUCAAGCCUGGCGACACUGAACCUCCUCCACUGCUGGUUUACAAAUGGUGUCAGGGAAUCAACAAUCUUCAAGAAGUCUGGGAAACGAAGGAAGGUCAAUGUAAUGUAAUGUUAGAAGCCAAAUUGGAUAAGAUUUACGAAAAGAUGGACCUGACACUUCUCAAUCAGCUUCUUCGUUUGAUUGUCGAUCACAACAUAGCUGAUUACAUCUCGGCCAAAAACAAUGUGACUAUCAACUACAAGGAUAUGAAUCAUAUUAAUUCGUUUGGUAUUAUCAGAGGUCUCCAAUUCGCGUCCUUUGUCGUCCAAUAUUAUGGUCUUGUCCUCGAUCUGUUGAUCUUGGGCCUCAGGAGAGCGUCAGAGAUUGCUGGGCCUCCUCAAUGUCCUAAUGAAUUUCUUACAUUUCAAGAUACAAAUACGGAAGGCGCCCAUCCAAUCAGACUUUACUGCCGUUACAUUGACAAGAUUUGGAUCUUCUUCAGAUUUGAUGCCGAGGAUACCCGAGAUUUGAUUCAACGAUAUCUAACCGAACAUCCAGAUCCGAACAAUGAGAAUGUGGUUGGAUACAACAAUAAGAAGUGCUGGCCUCGAGAUGCGCGAAUGCGAUUAAUGAAACAUGAUGUCAACUUGGGAAGAGCCGUUUUUUGGGACAUUAAGAACAGAUUGCCAAGAUCGGUGACCACAAUAAAUUGGGAGGAAUCCUUUGUCUCCGUUUACAGCAAAGAUAAUCCAAAUCUGUUAUUCGAUAUGUGUGGUUUUGAAUGCAGAAUUCUGCCGAAAUGCAGGGCUAACUUUGAAGACUCAACGACGAGAGAUGGUAUUUGGAAUCUCCAAAACGAAGUCACUAAAGAAAGAACUGCUCAGUGCUUCCUGAAGGUCGAUGAAGAAUCUCUUCAGAAGUUCCACAAUAGGAUUCGACAAAUUCUGAUGAGUUCCGGGUCAACUACCUUCACAAAGAUUGUCAACAAGUGGAACACCGCCUUGAUUGGGUUGAUGACUUACUACAGAGAAGCCGUGGUGAAUACUCAGGAAUUAUUAGAUCUCUUAGUCAAAUGUGAAAACAAGAUUCAGACACGGUGAGUUUUAAAGAAUAAUGUUUUUUAUUUUGUUUAUUUUAGUAUCAAGAUCGGCUUGAAUUCAAAGAUGCCGGCACGUUUCCCUCCCGUUGUUUUUUACACUCCGAAGGAGAUUGGUGGUCUUGGAAUGUUAUCAAUGGGCCAUGUCCUCAUUCCCCAGUCCGAUCUCAGAUGGAUGAAACAAACAGAUGCCGGUGGAGUUACUCAUUUCCGAUCUGGUAUGACCCACGAUGAAGAUCAAAUCAUCCCCAACUUGUAUCGAUACAUCAAACCCUGGGAAGCCGAGUUUGUGGAUUCUCAAAGAGUAUGGGCUGAAUACGCGUUGAAGAGACAGGAAGCUAAUGCGCAGAACCGAAGAUUAACAUUGGAAGACCUUGAUGACAGUUGGGAUCGAGGAAUCCCUCGCAUCAACACCCUCUUCCAGAAGGACAGAAAUACGCUGGCUUAUGAUAAGGGGUGGAGAGUUCGGACCGAAUUUAAGACUUAUCAAAUUCUGAAGCAGAAUCCAUUCUGGUGGACUCAUCAACGGCAUGACGGAAAAUUGUGGAACUUGAACAACUACCGAACAGACAUGAUCCAGGCGUUGGGCGGAGUCGAAGGAAUCUUGGAACACACCUUGUUCAGAGUGAAUUUUUUUUUAAUUUGUUUUGGUCUGAAUGUGUGAAUCUUUGUAAUAUUUAUUUUAGGGUACGUAUUUCCCAACAUGGGAGGGUUUGUUCUGGGAGAGAGCCUCAGGAUUCGAAGAAUCCAUGAAGUUCAAGAAGUUGACCAAUGCUCAGAGAUCCGGUUUGAAUCAAAUCCCCAAUCGUCGUUUCACUUUGUGGUGGUCUCCAACCAUCAACAGAGCGAAUGUAAGCUAUUGAAGAAUCGACUAAUUAUCGUUUAGGUGUACGUUGGUUUCCAAGUUCAACUUGAUCUGACUGGUAUAUUCAUGCACGGUAAAAUUCCAACUCUGAAGAUCUCGCUCAUCCAGAUCUUCCGAGCUCACUUGUGGCAGAAGAUUCAUGAAUCCGUAGUAAUGGAUCUUUGUCAAGUCUUUGAUUUGGAAUUGGACGCUUUGGAGAUUCAGACUGUUCAGAAAGAGACAAUCCAUCCCCGAAAGUCAUACAAGAUGAACAGUUCGUGCGCUGAUAUUCUUCUUUUCGCUCAAUAUAAGUGGCACAUCUCUCGACCAUCACUUUUGGCGGAUUCAAACGAUGUCACGGACAAUACUACUACACAGAAGUAUUGGGUCGAUGUCCAGUUAAGAUGGGGAGAUUAUGAUUCCCAUGAUAUUGAGCGAUAUGCACGGGCCAAAUUCCUGGAUUAUACCACCGACAAUAUGUCCAUCUACCCGUCCCCCAAUGGAGUCCUCAUUGCUAUUGAUCUCGCGUACAAUUUGUAUUCAGCCUACGGAAAUUGGUUCCCUGGAAUGAAGGCCCUGAUCCGACAGGCCAUGGCUAAGGUUGUCAAGGCUAACCCAGCUUUUUAUGUGCUUCGAGAACGUAUUAGAAAGGGUCUUCAAUUGUAUUCUUCCGAACCUACCGAACCUUACCUGACUUCCCAGAAUUACUCUGAACUUUUCUCCAAUCAGAUUAUCUGGUUCGUGGAUGAUACCAAUGUUUAUCGUGUCACUAUUCACAAGGUAAGACAUUUUUAAAAACUGAUUUUAUUCAUAGACCUUCGAAGGAAACUUGACCACCAAACCAAUCAAUGGAGCCAUCUUCAUUUUCAAUCCAAGGACGGGUCAGCUUUUCUUGAAGAUCAUCCACACGAGUGUCUGGGCUGGCCAGAAACGUCUCAGUCAGUUGGCCAAGUGGAAGACGGCCGAGGAAGUGGCUGCGUUGAUUAGAUCAUUGCCGGUUGAAGAACAACCUCGACAGAUUAUUGUGACCAGAAAGGCCAUGUUGGAUCCUCUGGAAGUGCAUUUACUCGACUUCCCAAACAUUGUGAUCAAGGGAUCGGAGCUGAUGUUACCCUUCCAAGCCAUUAUGAAGAUCGAGAAGCUGGGAGAUCUCAUUUUGAAGGCAACCGAACCUCAGAUGGCACUCUUUAACAUGUACGAUGAUUGGCUCAAAUCAAUUUCCAGUUAUACCGCCUUCUCACGAGUCAUCUUGAUUAUGAGGGGAAUGCACAUCAACCCGGAUAAGACCAAGGUCAUUCUGAAGCCUGAAAGAACAACGGUCACUGAAAGUCAUCAUCUUUGGCCAUCUCUUACAGAUGAAGAGUGGAUGAAGGUCGAAUUGGCAUUGAAAGAUAUGAUUUUGAAUGAUUAUGGAAAGAAAAACAAUGUGAAUGUGAGCUCGUUGACCCAAUCAGAGGUUCGUGAUAUUAUUCUUGGUAUGGAAAUCAGCGCCCCGUCCCAGCAACGUCAACAGAUUGCCGACAUUGAAAAGCAAACGAAGGAACAGAGUCAACUAACAGCGACAACAACCAGGACGGUGAAUAAACAUGGAGAUGAGAUAAUCUCGGCCACGACAAGUAAUUAUGAGAGUCAGACUUUCUCAUCGAGAACUGAAUGGAGAGUUCGGGCCAUCAGUUCGACUAAUCUCCAUCUCAGAACUCAGCACAUUUAUGUGAAUGCCGAUGAUGUGAAGGACACUGGAUUCACUUAUAUUCUCCCAAAGAAUGUGUUGAAGAAGUUUAUUGUUAUAUCUGAUUUGAGAACACAGGUAAGCAUUGAUUUUUUUAUGUUCUAUGGCAUUCAUUGUUCUUGUUUUUAGAUUGCUGGAUUCCUCUAUGGUUGCUCGCCACCAGAUAACCCACAGGUAAAGGAAAUCCGAUGUAUUGUAUUGCCUCCUCAAUGGGGUACCCAUCAAGUCGUCAACCUUCCUAACCAACUUCCUCAGCAUGAAUUUAUCAAGGAUCUGGAGCCUCUUGGAUGGUAUGUGUUGUUUGUUUUAAGGUUCCUUCUUUGCUAUUAUAAUAUAACUUUACAAUGUAUGGUGUCUUUUUCAGGAUCCACACUCAACCUAAUGAAUUGCCUCAACUAUCGCCCCAAGAUGUGACGAUUCAUUCGAAAAUAUUAUCCCAAAAUGAAGAAUGGGAUGGAGAGAAAACAAUUGUGAUGACAUGUUCGUUUACCCCCGGUUCCGUUUCUCUAACUGCAUAUCGAUUAACUCCAUCUGGCUAUGAAUGGGGAAAGAACAACACCGACAAAGGAAACAAUCCCAAAGGUUAUUUACCAUCCCACUACGAGAAGGUGCAGAUGUUGUUGUCUGAUCGUUUCUUGGGAUAUUAUAUGGUUCCCACAAAUGGAAUCUGGAAUUACAACUUCAUGGGAGUCAGACAUGAUGCCAAUAUGAAAUACGACGUCUCCUUGGGAGUACCGAAGGAGUUCUAUCACGAAGAUCAUCGAACUGUCCAUUUCCAUAACUUCCAAAGCUUCGAUGAUCCUGCUGGUGUGGCGUGGGCUGAUCGGGAGGAUUGUUUCGCUUAG